AUGAUUUCGCAAACUUCAUUCUACAAAGCAUACCUUCGUACUGCUUACAGUGUUCCCAGCCUAGAACCCUCCAUGGAACGUAAAAUUGAGAGACAGUUUGUGGAGGAUCGUGCCACUGUAAUAGAAGUGCUCCCUGUCUCCUGGGAUGUAAAAUGGCCUGGUCCAUAUUAUUGUGUUACAUUGAAAAUGUCACGUCUCAAGGAUCUCAAUUUUGGAUUCAACUUUGGGUCUGGGAAUCCCAGCAGAGAGCAGUUCCCAGUUACAGACUUUCCAGAGAGGAUUGUGAAACUGGACCUAUCCCUUAAUGAGCUCCAGGAAUUGAGAGCUGGCUGCCUCCUGUCAUUAAAGAACCUUGUUGAAUUAGAUGUAUCUCUUAAUACCUUAAUCAGUAUUUCUGGACUAGGAGAUCUACCAAAUCUGAUGAUUUUAAAUUCUAGUUUCAAUGCAAUUAGACAUAUGGACAGCUAUGGAACCUGUCAUCAAUUGACAAUUCUUAAUGUGUCUCACAAUCAAAUUAGGACCAUAAAGGAUCUAUCAGCCCUUGCAAACCUCACACAGCUUCAUUUGAACUCCAAUAAGUUGGUCUCCUUGGAUGGUAUUCAAAAUCUCCCCAAACUCUAUGAAUUGUAUGUUCAGAAUAACGUGAUCACCAGUGUUCUGCCCCUCUCCUCCUCGCUGAGACUCAACAUCCUAGAUGCCUCAAAUAACAAUAUUAUAUCCCUGGAUGAAACUGUGCAAGUUCUAAAUGGCCUACGUCACCUAACUCAGCUGAAAUUAAAAGGUAAUCAUUUGGCUCAUGAUCCUAGAUAUACAGAUGCCUGUAGUCGUUACACCUCUGUACAAGUUCUAGAUAACUGCAUGCUUAAGGACUUUAGCAAAAUGUCUCAAAAAAAUCACCAGCUGAUAUGGCAUUCACUGGACAUUCUGCCCAAAGAAGGAUACACCAGAGAAGGUCUAAAGGACGUAGCCAAGAAAAAUCUUACGGAAGAGCUACAAAGGAAGAGGAAAGAUUUAGAGAGCAACAUUCAUUACCUCCAUGCCAGAAUAAUGGAUUUACAAGAAGAGUUUGCAGAACACGAGGAAACUAUGAAAGGAGAACUGGAUAGCUGUAUCAGAUACAUUAAUGCAAUUCCAGAAGAGGACUUUGAGAAGAUUGAUCCACAUAAGGUCCCAAAAGCUAUGGAGAAGUAUCUAUUUACUAAGUUCUGGAACAGGUGGGAGCAUGGGAAAAGGAAAUCUGAAAUUCAUUCUUUCAAUCAUCUGACAAAGCCUGAGGAGGUAGUGGAGGCUGCGGCUUGGCUGUUGUCACACCCUCCAAGUGAAACAGCAAGGGAUAACUUGUGAUGAUGUAUCUCCGGCUGCACGACAGAAACGCGAAGGGGAGUUACCGUAAUAAUGGGCACAACAAUCUGAAACACUUUUUCUUCAUUAUUAUCACCAUGGUUGUAAUUAUUACAUAUUCAGGCUCUCAUAUGUGAAUUAGUAACAUGGCCUGCAAGAAGUCUCAAUAUAAUGCCUAGCACAGCAGAAUUCUCACUUGGUUUGCAAAAGUAAGGGAUUACAAUUGCCUACAAUGGUCUUUUACCAUGUGAAAAAAUAAAAUGGUAACAAAUUGGUCAGUUUAGGACAUGGAAUCGACAGAAUUUGGGCAACAGGAAAAAAAGGCAACAUUAAGAUAAGGGUGAUACCAGACUCACUUACAGCAGAUGAAUUACCCCACUACACCUUUGUCUUUGCUCUUGUUUCAUAUGCUGGUACUAAGAAAAGCUACUUAGAAAGUUCCAAACUAGAAUUAGAAG